AUGGACGACCUCACCAACUUCUUAACAUCCAUUGGUCCAGAGGUAGAAGAUGCCGACGAGGAGUCCUUCUUCCUCUUCUCCCAAGACAUUCCCUCCUCCAACCUGGGCUUCGUCGACUCCCGCGCCCCGUCCCUCGACGUCUCCAUCCACGGACAGGACUAUGUCGUCCGCCAGUCUCCGACGCUGCUUUCGUCGUCUAGAGCGGGUGGGACAACCGGUGCCGUCCUCUGGAAAAUCACCCCCCUAAUCGCAGAAUGGCUCUCCCACACCUCGAAAAACCCCCUCUGGACGAACUCCAUCCUGAACGAAUCCUCCACAGUCCUCGAACUCGGCUGCGGCAUCUCCUCCCUCCUGGCGCUGACCCUCGCCCCGUCGAUCGGACACUACGUCGCCACAGAUCAGGAAUAUGUCCGUCGUUUGCUCCGCGAGAAUCUCGACGAGAAUGUUCCUUCUUCGUCUUCGUCUUCUCCCUCGUCGUCUUCGCCGAGGAUGGGAUCUAAAGGGCGACAGAGAAGACAGAAACAGCUGCCACAACAGCAGCGCAGCCCCACCAGUAACAUCACAUUCGCAGCCCUAGACUGGGAAACCGACAUCCCGGCCUCCCUAAAAGAGUCUCUCUCUCUCUCCUCUCCCACCCCCAGACCAACCGAAGACGAAGCCGACGAAGACGAAGACGAAGAACCAGAUCAAGGCUUCGACGUCCUCCUCUCCUGCGACUGCAUCUACAACGAAGCACUAGUAGCGCCCUUCGUGCGCACCUGCGCCGACUUCUGCCGUCUACGGCCUACAUACACUCCUGACCAGGAUCGGGCGCAGCAGAACCAGCAGAGUAAAAGAAAGAAACCAACGGUGUGCAUAAUCGCGCAGCAGCAGCGCACGCCGGACGUGUUUGAGACGUGGUUGAGGGAGUCGAUGCGGGUGUUUCGCGUGUGGAGGGUCGCGGAUGAGGUGUUGGGCGGGAAGUUGGGGGUUGGGUCGGGGUAUUUGGUGCAUGUUUUGGUGUUGAGGGGUGAUUAG